AUGCACGAGAGCGACAGCGAUCCUGAUUCUGACAGGACACACUGGUAUAUGAGCAAUAGCGAUGACGAGUCAUUUGUUGAUAAAGAUAAAGAUUGCAGAAGGAGCACCGUAGCCCUGCUGUUGAAGAAAGGUCCAUGGACAUCUUGGGAGGACUCCAUCUUAGAGAAGUACAUCAAGAAGCAUGGUGAAAGGAACUGGAAGCUUGUGCAGAAGAACACUGGCCUCUUGAGGUGUGGCAAGAGUUGCCGUCUUCGGUGGAUGAACCAUCUGAGGCCUAACCUAAAGAAGGGGGCUUUCAGCAAGGAAGAAGAGAAUAAAAUUAUUAAUCUUCAUCGCAAAAUGGGGAAUAAGUGGUCUCGGAUGGCUGCUGAUAACAUUGUUACUGUUAUAUGCAUUGUUCUAUCUAUUAUCAUUGUUAUUAACUUGACCACAUGUUCUCAGUUGCCAGGGCGUACUGAUAAUGAAAUAAAGAACUACUGGAACACUCGAAUAAAGAAAUGCAAGAACAAUCGUUCGCCUUUGUAUCCUGCUAAUGUAUGCAACGAUGCUUUGAAUGAAGAUCAACAUGAGUCUGCUGACCCCAACGUUAGGGAGAAGCUGACCAAUAAUCAUCUAGAAGAUACUACUAGUAUGUAUUCUGCACCCCAGUUUUCAGAUGCUUCCAUCAGUAAUAUACUUGAUAGGAGACUUGCAUCAAAAGAUUAUGACUCCAUAGAAGAUCAAAGAAACCAAAUAGAAGUUGUAGCAAAAUAUGAGAUUCCACUUCCUGUGUUGAAAACAACGAACAAUGACAUAUUUCCAUCAGCCUCUAUCUUUGCCAACCAUGGUAUUUCAAAUGGCAAUCUCUCUGCUUUGUCCACAACUGAUGCUUUGCAGAUGGAGCUCCCUUUAAUCCAAUUUGAUCCAAACAACCAGUUCGUUUACUCAAGGGCUUAUGCGAUGCACCUAACAAACUUUGCUUUAUUAAAUGAUCAAUCAGAAGAAUUACUAAAUGAUACUGAUGUAUUGAACUAUGUGGUGAUGAAAGAAGAGCUUUCUGGAGGGAGUUUGAGUCCUACUAUUAAUAUGCCAUGUGAAGGUAUGGCAGAUUCUUCAGAACUCCCUUUAUGCAAGGGAUAUCGGGAACAAGAUCUUGAUUUUUACACACACAAUAGUCCAGUAUCGUCGGAAGAGCUUCAUAACUUUGAACUUUCUUUCGCACAUAACUCCAUGGCUGCCUCUAAUGAGCUGGUAGUGCCACAAUAUGAAGGAGAUGCUCCACCUCUUCAAGAUGAUUUCACAUCAUAUUUCUAUUUGAAUGAUACUAAUCUAUCCAUAUUCGAAGACACAAAUGAAUUGUUUUUGGAAAACAAGUUGGAUACUAAAGGUAACUGACGCCAGAUUGUCAUGAGUUGCUGCUCUCUUGGAUAAACUCAUCAUGAAACCAAGAAUUUUAUUCCAUGAAGCUCGUGAACGAGCCAGUCGUUGCUAUCUCUCUUAUUAGGAUUUCCAGUUUGGAUAUUGCCGUACUCCUUUACUUUUCUUCAUGUCGAAAUUACCAUGCGUGCUAUGUUGAAUUUCAUCUGCUAUUGUGUGUGUUAAACUGUCGAAUUCAAAAGAUUUUGCUGCAACAUGUUGCAAUGUUGUGCCAUUGAA